CACUCUCCGUCUUCCUCUCCUCCCCUUCAUCUCUUUACCUUUCACACUUUGAUCCUAAAACCACCGUUCUUCAGAUCUAUUCUUCAUUUCCCUUCCAAUGGCUGCCGCUCCUUCUGUUCGUGAGGAGAAUGUUUACAUGGCUAAGCUUGCCGAGCAGGCUGAGCGCUACGAGGAGAUGGUCGAGUUCAUGGAGAAGGUUUCCGCUUCUCUUGACAAGGAGGAACUCACCGUCGAGGAGAGAAACCUCCUUUCUGUCGCUUACAAGAACGUCAUCGGUGCUCGUAGGGCCUCCUGGCGUAUCAUUUCCUCCAUCGAACAGAAGGAGGAGAGCCGAGGUAACGAUGACCAUGUCUCUGUGAUCCGUGACUACAGAUCCAAAAUUGAGACCGAACUCUCCAAUAUUUGCGAUGGAAUCCUUAAGCUUCUUGAUUCUAGACUCAUUCCCUCCGCUGCUUCCGGAGAUUCCAAGGUUUUUUACCUCAAAAUGAAGGGCGAUUACCAUAGAUACCUUGCCGAGUUCAAAACCGGAGCCGAACGCAAGGAAGCUGCUGAAAGCACUCUUACUGCUUACAAAGCCGCUCAGGAUAUUGCAAAUUCUGAGUUGCCUCCUACACAUCCGAUCCGACUUGGAUUGGCACUUAACUUCUCUGUAUUCUAUUAUGAAAUUUUGAAUUCCCCUGAUCGUGCCUGCAGUCUUGCGAAACAGGCAUUUGAUGAAGCUAUCGCCGAGUUGGAUACCCUUGGAGAGGAAUCCUACAAAGAUAGUACUUUGAUCAUGCAGCUUCUUCGGGAUAAUCUCACUCUCUGGACAUCGGACAUGCAGGAUGAUGGAGCUGAUGAGAUUAAAGAAGCUCCACCGAAGCGUGAGGAUGAAAAGCAGUGAGAUUAGUGGCUCCCCAAGUAGGGUUAAAACUUCUCCUUUAUAUGUUUUUGAUAGGAGAAGAUGCUUGCUUUGCUUGUUGUUGCUUAUUUGGUACUAUCCGAGUUCUUUCUAAAAGGCUCUCAUGUCAUUUGUUGCCGGAUUGUGAUGACCCGAGCUACAAACCUUGUUUACUCUUUUUUUUUUCUUCUUCUGAUUAAUUAUUAUAUAUCUAUAAUCAGUCCUUUGUUUUCUUCUCAAUUUUUGUGAUGUUACCCUCUUUCUUUUUCUUGCAACUAACAAGAAAAAGCCUAUUUUGAAGCGACGUUUCCUAUGUCCAAUAUAAAAUGGAUGCUAUUCGACAUUGAUUGA